UUAUGAGUGAUUAAACAGAAAUAGAAGCGAUGGUCAUUAAUUUUAUUGUUAAAAUGCUGUAAGACAUUAAUCAAACAAGUGAUGUGAAACAAGUGUUUCCAGCUGAAUCAAACAGGUGCAUCAUUUGUUUCACUUGAAAACUUGUUGCUUGUUGUUUUUAUAAACUAACAUGAGAUUAUUUUUUUCCUGUACAAAUAUUUAACUCUCAUUUAUUCUAACAAGGGAACAACAACUGUUGAGCUCUAAUGAAAAAUACAAUGUAUAAUGUAGCAUAAAAUUCAGAGUGUGCUAAUGAAUCCAUACAAAUACAAACCAACCCAGAGAUAUGUGGCCAAUUUAGUGAGCACGAAUCCAAUUCUAGAUUUCACCCUAAUCAAAAAAGAUGUAAUUAAUUAAUCAGAUAAUUCACUGCCACGCAUGGCAGGACACACAUCUGUGCAGUGGUAAUGGGGAGAGAGAGACAAGCUGAGCAGUGCAGCACUAGUACUUCCCCCUGAUAGCCCGCUCGUCAACAGUGCUGGUAUCCUGUACAGCUUUAAAAUAAAGGUCCGGCGCUCGCAGACGCUCGGCUAACCUCUGCUGUACUGUAUGUGUGCUCUCUGCAUGUGAGUACAGUGCAGUGUGUCGAAGGGCCGCAAAGAUCUGAGGCUGCUUGAGGUAACAGAGAUGACAUGAGGGAGGCAGCGCCUGUACAAGGCAAACAUAAACUGUGCCACUUCAUCUGAAAACAAUGGGGGACAGGACACUGAGUGUGCUCUCAUCCACAUCUCCAUUGUCUGCCCUCCUCUUUUACUCCUCCUCCGAGCAUGGAGCAUAAGCGGGGUGAAAGAGGGAGGGGAGGGGAGGAGAAGGGGGGAGCAGCAGUGGGGGCAGUGGGGGUCUGGCUGUGUUCUUUCUCCUCUGUCUGUGUGCGAAUGCACAGACGGUUCAGUAGUAAUUUGAUGUGUGUCCCCGGGGACAUUUGAUGGAUUAAAGCUAAGCAGCUCCAUUUCGCAGCACCACCUGAUCUUCCACUGCCUGUGCCCCAUAUAAAGGCUGGCGUGAUUGCUGAUCUCAGCUAGUCUGACAGUCUCUCUCUCUCCCUCCUCUCUCUGUCUGUCUCCAUCUCUUCUCUUCCUCACUGGUCCCUUAAGCCUGCUGCAUCACAGGAGCUAUCCAGUGCUGAACAGGAUCGCUUUUAUUUUUUAUUUUUUUAUUUUUCUUGGGGAAGCUGGGGGAGCCAGAGAGUAUCACACAGCAUUGCCGUCAGCCUUGUUCUCCACUGGUUUCCAUUUUCUUUCUUAUCUUAUGUUUUUGGCCGUUGUCUUCACAUUAACCGCAAGGAUUACCGUCAAGCCAGCUCCGCUUGUGUGCUUCCUCAGAGGGUCUUUUAUUUUUUUUCUCAUGCGUUUUUCUCAGCUCUGUGUUUUUAUCCAUUGAAACAUGCCCCGCUCAUUUUUGGUGAAGAAGAUCAAGCUUGAUGAUUUCUCUUCGUCCAAUGUGGCCACCUCCAAUCAUCAUCACCACCUGGACGACUCGUUCACUUUUGCACGCUCCAUCACAGACUCGGUGACCAGCCUUGGGGUUCGUCUCAGUGAGAAUGGCUACAUCCAGGAUUACAUCACGCCAUCUGUAUACCAGGGGGAGAAGAAGAUGGAGCACAAGCUGGCUUCGCCGGUGUCAGACCCCCUGUACACCCAGGUGAGCAGCGGAGGGGAGUACUGUGACCCCGACCUGAAGCACCCCGACAGCCCCCAGUCUGGCAUGACGGCCAGCGGCUUCUACAGUGGUGAAUCGGAGGCCCUGGCCGAGGGUUACACCAUGGAUGCCUUCUUCAUCUCUGAUGGGCGCUCAAGGCGAAAGGGAGACGGUGAGAGUCGUGGAGGAGGCUCGAGAAGCAGCAGCGCCAACGCAGGGGCUCAGGAGAGGGGAGCCGGCACGCCUCGCCACACCUGCAACGAGUGCGGCAAGACGUACGCCACCUCCUCCAACCUCAGCAGACACAAGCAGACGCACCGCAGCCUGGACAGCAAGAUGGCCCGCAAGUGUCCCACCUGUUCUAAAGUGUACGUGUCCAUGCCGGCGUUGGCCAUGCACAUCCUCACCCACGACCUCAAGCACAAGUGCGAAGUGUGCAGCAAGGCUUUCAGCCGGCCGUGGCUCCUCCAAGGUCACAUGCGCUCACACACGGGGGAGAAGCCCUUUGCCUGCGCCCACUGUGGCAAAGCCUUUGCUGACCGUUCAAACCUCCGCGCCCACAUGCAAACACACUCUGCCUUCAAGCACUACAGAUGCAAGCGCUGCAAUAAGACCUUCGCUCUCAAGUCCUACUUGAACAAGCACUAUGAGUCAGCUUGCUUCAAGGGCUCUGCAGACGAAGACGACUCUGGAUCAGAAAACUAACCACAAGGAAGAAGCAAAAUUUUGAACCCCUGUUGUAGGUUCACCACCAAUAACCCUGUUCACUCUGCCCUCCAUGCCUUUUUUCUUCCCUUUUUUUAGAAAGCAAUAUUUUCACUGAGAUUACGUGAAGAAACUCUAAUGAUUAUGGCAAAGACAAUUUCAAAAGAUGCUGGAUUUUUUCCCUGCACAGUAGCUAAUCGUCCACAGAAACAUACAAUCAAACAACCUUCCCCCAAAUAGAGACUGUAGAUGAUAGUUGUACACAGUUAAGCAACAUGUGCUCGCAUGGACGUGGGCACAUGUGAACACACACAUACACUCACACACAGACAUGUACACACACACACAAACACACACACACACACACACACACACACACACGUACGCACGUGUGCACACACACUUACACACAAUUAUAUAUGAGGCCUGGCAUGUGAAUUUUUAUCAAUGACUAUAAUGAUAUUGAUAUCAAUAGUAAUAAUAUUUAGAUUCCUGAUAUUUUAUAGCAAAUAGUAAUGAGAAAAUGAAAAAAAAACAUAAAAAAGGACUAACAGUGUUCUUUUGUUUUUUAGAGACAAAAUGACCUCUUGUAUUUUUAUGCUGCUUUUUAUUUGCUAAGAAUUGAAUUCUUUUGCAACUGCCAACAUGAACUUUUUAUGAAAAUGUGAACUAUGACAGUAUUUGCAAAAAAGGGAGAUCAUUUUAAAAGGUAAAAAGACAAAACCCCUUUUUCCACACCAAUGUUUCAAUUCAACGGAUGUUAUUUUUGUAUUUGAUUUUUCUAACUUUAUUUUUUUGUGCUUAUUAUCCCUUGUUGAUCAAAAGCAUCUUUGUAACUGUGGGUAUUCAAAAAAAAGCUCAUUUAAAUAAGCUAUACAAGAACAUAGGCCAUAGGUCAUUCAGUUUAAUUCUCCAAGAGCAGUGAUUUUAAAACGUUUAACAGGCCUGUUGAACAGGUUAUCACACACGACGUCUGAUCAAAUUCAUAGUCUCACCCUGAUGUACAGACCUGGACAAAAACACACUGAGAGCCAGACCAAAUGAUCUGUCGUUAUAAGUGCCAUGUGCGGUCGACUUGUCUAUAGCAAUGAAAAAAAAACUCUCGUUGUUCUUCCUCCACCAUGGUGGCUUGCAUAAACUCUGCUGCCUUUAUGGUGCAUCGUCCAGUCUUAACAAGCAAUCUUCACCCAGUGUUUGAGGUGCUCCCCCCACCGCCAGUGUUACCUCAGAGUGAAGGUAUGGACUCUCACACCCUCAGUUACAAAGUGACAGUCAAAUUAUUCUGUUUGUCUGUUUUAUAUGUCGCUCAAAGCUCCGCCCACGGUUUAGAUGCAUACCAUCUAUUUAUCAUGUAAAUACUUUAUUUAUCGACCUAUUUAUCUAUUUAUUUGAUUAUUUAUUUACCUUAUUUUUGUGUAUUUAUUGAAGACCUGCUUAUUUGUUAAUGAUCAUGUAUUUAUUUAUUGUUUAUAAUUUAAAAAAUGAACAUCCAUUGACCUUGUAAGAUGCUGCUGAUCUUCAAAGAAAAUGUUUAUAUGCAUGAAAACUGUAGAGAGUCCAUGGGACUUAGUUUUUUAAAGAGGAACAAUGUACAGUACCAGUGCUAGAGGACUUCAAACAAAUGAAUGCAGAAUUACUUUUGUUUUUUCGUGGCAAUAACUUUACUGACACAGCAAUUGACAUGUAUAACAAUCACAGCUGUCCUGUUUUCAGUCAAUUUAGGGCAAUAAAAAGAAACAAUGAAAACAAAACACUAAAAUAUUCUCCAUCUUGCUGUUUCUGCCAAAAGUCCACCGCCACCGCAUGACUGGAGGUUUUUGGCCCUUUUUUUGUCUUUGUCUUUAAAUCUCAGGCAAUAAAUAAAUAAUCCCCAGAAAUAAUGGCUGACGCGAUGUGCACGUAGAUGUCGCCAUGAAAACGUAACAUUAUCCGUUUGUUGAAAUUAGAGAGCCAAAUAAUGUAGAUGUAAUCCAGUUACACCAAGGUUUCAAAGGUGCAAAAGCAAUAAUGAUAGUGAUGCUGUAACUUUAAGCAACACUCAAUCCUUUAUACAGCGAGUCCAAAACUGCUCUAACUGUUAAUUUGGCUGGAAAAAGCUGCUAUACUUUAAUAUUUUUUAUUAUUUUAACUGUUUUGUUUUAAAGAGCAACCAGGUUAAAAAAAACUCUUCUGGCAGCUGAAGUGCAGGCAUGAUUUGACUGAACUGUUAGAGGGUUACAUACAACACAGCAGGAUUACAGUAAUACUCAUUUACUAGCUGACAUAAUAAACCAUUAAAUUCAGAGUCACCACUGCUUCCAGAUUUUUCAGCGCCGUUUUAAGCAGCCAAACAAAUCUCUGAGGUGCACGCAAAGAUGGCUGCACACGUUUCUAACCAGCACUAAUGGAAAUGAUCUUGACGUGAACCAUCUUGUUAGGGAAAGUUUUCAAGAUUGUUGGAAUAAAACGAUGAGCUGUAAUGCACUUCUAACUCCCCCCCUUCUCACUUCCAAUCAUUUGUCUCUGCCUGCCCCCCCCCCUUCUCCUCCUCCCCCACCAGCCGUCCUCCUCAUCCUCCCGUCCCCAACUGCCUCUAAACAGACGCACCGAGGAUGAGAUGUGCUGAAGUGGGAUUGGCGGAGGGUGGCGGAGUGUGGGAGGAUAACAGGUGUUUGCAGACAGACUGCAGAUAGGGAGCGUAAUUGAGUCGGUGAGCGACCUCCAAGGGGAAGGUCAAGCACCAGCAGGCAAAUGCACUGUCAGCUAUUUGCAUAUUCCAAAUGGAUGACACCAUUGCAGUAAUGCUGAGCUCGCCACUAAAUAAAAAGAAAAGGAAAAAAAACUCACCAAAUUGAGGAGAAAAGACAGGAAAGAGGAGUUUGUGCUCUGUUUGUCUGUCCUCUCCGUCCCUGUGUCACCAUCAUUUUGUCAAUGGUCGCCUAAGUGCUACAGCUGAAUCACUGCAUGAGAGCAUCCAAACCACCUGUCUCCUGAUUAACUUGCAGAACACACAGUUUGGCACGUUGCUAAUGCAGAAAUCAUUACUUCCAGUGGAUUCUGUUUUUUUAUUAUAUGUUUUAUAUUUUACUGUGGGACAGAGAUAUAACGUACCUCCAAAAACCUGGGGACUGUGCUUUAAUAUGGCAGAUAAAAGUACUAAGAUGAUUAAAAACAAGUGGAACUGGAGAUGUACUUGUAGGCUUGUUGCCUAAACCUGGCAGUAUUACAGAUCGUCCACAGAGAAAACACUGAUUACAGAAAAGGAGGCACAAUUUGAUUCUAAACUCCUGAAUUUAAAUGUAGGGAAACAUUGUUCCUCUUUGAUAAUUUUGUAAAUAUAUUUGUAAAUAUAUCACAGCAAUAAUAUGACAAUGCAUGUAGACAUUUAAUUGCUCUUUUUCUAUUCAUGUUGUCUUUUUUUUUUAAUUAAAGGAAAAAAAAAGACAAAUACAGGUACCAAUUGCAGUCUGGGUGGCCAUUUGAAUCAGGGAGUGUCUUGAUUAAAAAAAAACACAGCUAUCUGUUGUAAGUUACAAACAAAAAACCUUCAAACUCUGUGUAUUCUCAAAGAUUUGAUCAUGUUCUGUAUGAUUUCUCUGUUCUUGUUUUCUUUUAUUUAUGUGCCCGGCUUGGCUGCGCAAUGAAAAAGUGCCAAAAAGUAUGAUUUCCAUGACAAAAGCCUUCAACAUAUGGUUGGCUGCUUGAAACCUUCCAUAUGGUCCUCAAAGAAAAAAAAAACUGAUUAAGAUUUUCCACUUUCUUUCUCACUCUCACUCUCUCUCUCUGUUUCUCUCUCUCUGUCUUUCUCUCUGUUCCAGCUGAGUAUGAAGAAACUUAAGCCAUGAUUGCUGAGGGGUGUUUUGAUUUAUCUUGUUCUGCUACAAUUAAUAAUGAUGACAACAAUAGCAAUGAUAACAUUAAUAAAAACAAUAGCACAAGGAA